CGCAGGAAGACGACCGAUGCAUUGGAUCAGGUGUUCAAAAUCGUGGCUUCAUUCGACCGUCUGCAGGAGCAAGAGGACAUGGAGAGACAGAAAGGUGACGAUGGGGAUGUGGCGCUGCCGGCCAACGCUUCCAGCAAGUGUGGCGACAUCGAUUCUCGUGACCUCGUGAGGACCCAUGCUGCAGCGGGGGCUGAGGAGACGGUGCCGGUUGGGGGUGACUUACGGGAGUCAGCUCGGAGCGAGGCCACCAUUUAUGACCUGUGUUUGGAACUGCUGAAGCUGGUGCUGAGCAUGAUGGACUGCUGGGAAAUGUUCCGCGCCAGACGGGUCUGUCAGAGUUGGCGGCUGGUCAUCGACGAGAUCGUCGACGACUGUCGGCGUGAGCGUGCCGUCCGGCUGUCGCGGGGUUUCGCCCCUGCGCCGGCCACCUCUCUCCAGCUGGUGGUGAUGGCCAGGGAGCUGCCCAAGCUGACCCAGCUGAAGGCGCCGACCGCCCAGACCAACACCGACCUCCGACUGGUCGCGGGAGCCUGCCACGCUCUGGAGAAAGCCAACCUGUGCGGCUUCAAACUGAGUGUCCCUGCCCUGCGCCGGCUGGCGCUCGCCAACGCCUCCAGUCUGCGUGAGCUGACGCUGCCGGCCGGCAUCAGCGACGAGCAGCUGGAGGCGCUGCUGGAGCCGCUGAAGGUUCUGGAGCUGCUCGAUCUGAGCCCACCCGUGGACAGCUCCGGCAAGUGGCUGCGGCUGCUGCCGCAGUCACUGAAAAGACUGCUCAUCACUGGAUCAGGAAUGACGAAGCCACCGUGCCUUCACUGGUUUGAGGAACUGAAUGUCUGUGUACGGCUGGCAACCGACGCACUCCUGGACCAGCUGACUGUUCUUUCGGGCCGGAAACGCAGCAGAGUUACCGACUUGAGCAUACAUGAGUCACCGUCCGUGACACCGGAAGCCCUGAGCCGUAUUCUGGCUGCCUUUCCCAAGUUAAGUACCGUUACUUUGGACGUAGCUGGCGCCACCUCAGACGUUGCACUAGAAGCCCUCCACGGCUACCGUCGGCUGUACGCGCUAACUCUCAGAGACCCCCGGCCUGUGACGGAUAUACCUGCCCUGACUCCGUCGGAGGUGGCAGCGGUCAGCAGGCUGGCAGCGACCUGUCGGAAAUUGUACAUCCUCUUCCUAACUUCAUCACCAGAAAACUGCCAGACCGUCCUGAGUGCCCUGCUUGAGACAGACUUGGGCCUGACUGACAGUGGACGUCGUCGCACCAUCUCUCUCAAGGUCCCUGGGCUCGCCUGCGCCGGUGCCAGCGGCGGUUGUGGGACCAGGCACCAGAUGGCAGCAGCUGGUCCAGUCGGCAGGGCCGCAGUGGCCUAGUAUUAAGGUCAACUGAGUGACGGUCGGGUCGGAAAGGUCAUGCUGCUUAUCAGUCUAUCAGUUUUGUUGCCAUUGUGCACUUUCAUUGCUCUUUUUAAGUCUGGUAUCGCCGAAGACUGUACGUUUUCAUGAGCUCGCUUUUUGUGAUACACGAUUCAAUGCUUUAUUAUCAAUAAAAUUAAAGCUGAUUGGGU